GGCGUACGUACAGUGACAGUCAGAAAAUACUGUCACCCCUUAGCCUAUUAGAUAUGUGGGGGAGGGUGACAGUGUUUUUUGAUUAUGAGUUUACCUGAACCGCUUUGGGAAUGGAGGGCUGAGGAUCUAGUGGUGGUAGCUUUAAUAGGGAGGAGAGGUGGUAACAGUGUUGCUCCGCUCCGAGAAGAUAGAACAGGUGGUUGAAGUCAGUCUGGGUUUUUGAUAUAAACCCACGGUCAACUCGAAGGAAAGUUGAAGAAGACACUUCUUUUCUUCAUCGCAGCAGCUUCAUCUCAUCAUCCUUUAUUGCCCUCGCAACACACCCCGAGCACAAUAUCCCAGAACACACACUUCAAGUCAAGUCCAACAUUUAUCUCCAACCCUCAGUUCCCUCCAACAACACUCGUCUCUCAACUACAAUGUCCACCUCCACCUCCACUCAAACCAGCAAAUCAAUCCUCUUCAUCUCCGCCACAGGCGGUAUCGCCCUCGCAACCCUUCGCAGGUGUCUCGCCUCUUCCAACUCUUCCAACUCUUCCAGCCAGCCAAACCAGCCACUAAACCAUCCAUCCCUCACCAUAACCGUCCUCGCCUGUUCUCUCUCCCGCCUCCAAUCCCUCCUCACACCAACCGAGCUCUCCUCCCCUUCGCUACGCAUCAUCCAAGGCAACGCCCACUCCUCUUCCGACCUUGUUCCGCUUCUCACCCAUCCCUCCGACCGAACGACGCUGGUCGAUAUCGUGAUCACUUCCAUCGGCGGCAAACCUGAUCUGAAGAAGCUAGGCAUCGACGAUCCGCACGUCUGCGAAACUGGUGCUCGUGCGCUGCUUUCCGCGCUGGACCAAGUCCGCCGGGCUUCCCUCCAUGUCCCCAACAAAGCUUCGGUUUGUGGAAACAGCUCUUCAAGCAGGGAAGGGGAAGCAAAGAGAAAACAACCCUACAUAAUCACCCUCAGCGCCGCCGGCGCCUCUACCGUCCACAGGGAUUACCCCCUCCCUCUCUACCCGCUCUAUGCGCUCCUUCUCAGAAACCCCCUCAAGGACAAGAGGGCUAUGGAGAGCGUUUUUGUAGAGAGUGACGAAGAGAGAUGGACGGUGGUUAGGCCUAGUAUGUUGACUGAUGGGCCAGAAAUUGGGCUGGAAAAAGUCAGGAUUGGAGUGGAAGAUUUGCGAAGAAAAAAGCUGGAGGGCGAAAGGGUGGUUGGGUAUACGAUUUCCAGAGAGGAUACCGGGGUUUGGAUCUUUGAGAGGCUGGUGGUUGGUGAUGAUGGGGAGAAGUAUCUGGGGAAGGCGUUGACAGUUACUUACUAAAGUAGACUUUGGAGUUGGAAGUGGAAGUGGAAGUGGAAAUAAUGGAUUGGAUUGGAAGUAAUGAGUUGGUUGACUUGGAAGUUGACUGUAGACCGUGGAGGGUUAUGGGAUUUGAGUCGGAUCUGGUGGGUCGAUUGUUGGCUGUGUGUUUCUUUUUUUUUUUCUUUUUUUCUUUUUUUUUU